UCGACUACUUCCCUGUGCUGUCGCUUUCGAUGGUAGCGAGCUGUAGGGUGCGCAACGGUUUCACUUCGACGUGAGCAGACAUUAGUGCUGACUGACUGACAGCGAGCCGCAUCACUGAGGAUCUGCUUCCGUCACUGAGAUCAAGCCAUGAGUGUCGGUUCAUCACGGAGCAGCGGGGAAGACAUCGACGAGCUCGAGUCGGUUAGCUGGUAUCAUUAUGAUUUGUCGCGGCAUGCAGCUGAAGCUCUUCUCCUUUCGAAUGGGGUAGAUGGGAAUUUUUUACUCAGAAACAGCAACAAAGGACGUGACUGCUUUGCUUUGUCUGUCCGAGCUAAGGAUUCAGUGAAACACUUUCAUGUCCGGCGGCAGUUCGGCAAAUAUUCCUUUGGAUUCAAUGAAUUUCCCUGCCUUCAGGAUUUUUGCAAUCACAUUGCCAAUCAGCCCUUGCUAGGCAGCGAGACAGGAAACCUGUUAGUGCUGCGGUUCCCAUACCCACGGCAGGUGGAAGAGCCAUCCAUCUAUGAGACGGUGUGUGUGCAUACGGCCAUGCACACAGGCCGGCAUGAAAACGACCUGGUGCCUAAUGCUCCAGCACUUGGCACUAAAGAAGGUUACCUGGUUAAACAAGGAGCGGUAAUCAAGAACUGGAAGCAAAGAUGGUUCACACUGAAUCGAUAUGAAUUUAAAUAUUUCAAGGAUAAAAUGAUGGUAGAGCCAAUACGAACCCUGGAUCUGACGGAGUGCUCUGCUGUCCAGUUUGAUUACAGUCAGGAUAGGGUCAACUGCUUCUGUCUGGUGUUCCCCGAGAGGACGUUUUAUUUUUGUGCAAAAUCUGGUGCUGAGGCAGAUGAAUGGAUUAAGAUACUACGAUGGAAACUGUCACAGAUAAAGAAAGGACGAUGAUGUUCAACAAGGAGAGAAGAAGUACUGGAGCAAAUGCAAGCUGCGCAGUUUUAUAUUACUGAAGACAGUGGAUUUAUUAACUGCAUCUGAUGCUCAUCACACCUAAGAAAUCUUCUGGGCAAUGAAUCACCCAAGGCACCGUGCUAUUGUGCUUUAUAAAGACUUCUCGAGGCGGUGCACUACUAAUGUUGGAAUUACAAUCGACAAUAGUUAGGUUUUUAUUUUAGAUAUUGUGUUCUGUGUUGUGUUUCCGUUCUUCUUAUUCUUCUCCAACACAAGCUAAACAAUGUGUCUGCUCUUAAACAUGUACAUUCCCCCUUACAUUGCAAAUAUGAGGUAAGCAUAAAUGAACUUUUUCAUUGAAACUUUUGGAUGAAAUAUACUUUUCCCAAAAUAGAGCACUGCUGUGAUUACAUAUUUCUGUAAGCCAACCCAGAAGUUAGAAGUUAGCCUUUUUUUUUUAUUUGGGCCUUUGGCUUUUUAAUUAUUGCAAAGAUUAAGCUCUGUGAUCAGUGUUAAUGUUAAAGUUAAUGAUUAGUGCAUGUUUUGUUCGUCAUGAAAGCUUCAUAAAUAAACACAUUUUAUGAAUUUGAAAGCUUAAGUACAAUCACCAGACCUAAAAAAAAAAAAAAGAGUAGG